UUUUUGAAUGAGUACUCCUGACUAUUUUAAUAACUGUAAAACAUUAUGGAUGAUAACAAUCCACUAGUGUAUGGUCUGGAAUUUCAAGCUCGUGCUUUGGCCGGCCAGCAGGCAGAAAGUAACGACGUUCGGUUCUUCUUAGCAACACAAUCCCUAAAACCAAAUAAUCAACUACACGUAGUUGAUCUUAAUCAGGACACCUCUAUACUCGAGCCAAAGGUGUUCUCUCAUCCUUUGGGCGAAGUCUGGAAGCUCAAUGCAAGUCCCCAUGAUGCACAGAUUCUCACAUCCUGUUAUAGUAUUCUAAAAGGUACUCAGACUAUUAUGCAGACUGCAUUGUUGAAGCUACCAGAAGAGCUUAAGCCUAUUGAAGGGAGUCAAGAAUUUCUCCAGUUUGCCGAUGUGGAAGUACUUAAAACAGAAGGAUAUGGAAGUGAGAUUCGUACAACUGAAUUUCACCCGACAGAUAGUUCAUUACUGUGUACGGUCAUUGAUGGAAAGAUUCUACUAUUCAAUCGGGCCGAAGCUUCAACUAGGCUUGUAGUAGAAAUUAACGCUAAAAAUUCAACACGUUUCUCCGGCGGCCGUUGGGCCCAUUUCAAUCACAGCAACCAGUUCGUAUCGCUAUAUGAUUGUAGCGUUAGAUCGUAUGAUGUUAGAGAACCAAAUCAGUGUGCAUGGGUUAUCGAGGAUGCCCACAGCCAACUGGUUCGCGAUGUGGAUUGCAAUCCUAACAAGCAGUGUCACAUCGUCACUGGAGGUGACGAUGGUGUGAUGAAGAUCUGGGACUUUCGAAACACCAAAGAGCACGUAUUUGCUAGAAGUGAUCAUAACCACUGGAUUUGGAACGUACGGUUCAACAGCUAUCACGAUCAGCUGUUGCUCUCCAGCAGUAGUGAUGGGAAAGUAUUGCUUACUUGCGCUAGCAGUGUAUGCUCGGAAGUACUUCUAACUGAACACGAGCAUACCGACGAUAAAGAGCAAUUGGCGGACGGUUUGCUACAAACGUACGAUCAACACGAAGAUUCGGUGUACUGUGUGGAUUGGAGUACCGCCAACCCGUGGCUGUUUGCUUCUCUUAGUUACGAUGGACGCAUGGUGAUUUCAAAGGUUCCGAAGCAGUAUAAAUAUCAAAUUUUAUUAUAAAUGCUUGUAAAGAUUGCAGUAAAUCAAUUUUAACGAAGAAUAUAGUUUCCAAUGUUUGCGAUAAAAUACGCUAAUGUGAAUUAAAAGCAUCGGUAGUAAAGUUUCAAAUGUUCUGGACUUCGAAGAGAGUAUUAUACAAUUAUGCGACUUGUUUUUGCACAUGAAAAGCGCGCUUCUUAAUCAAAGUUUAUGUGAAAAUAGCAUUUACAAAUAAUCGUACGUAGAUCAGCGCUCCAACACGCGUAAGAUCUGCGUUGGCGAACGCGAUAACUAAAACUUACCUAUUGUACCGUCUAAAUAAAAUUAACAUGUCAACCAGUUCAAAA